AAAAAACACCGUACUAUAUAUAUAUAUAAAAUCGGGGUUUCAAAUUCAAACUUCACUUCCACCUUCUUCUUCUUCUUCUUCGCGAUUCAUUCUCCGAACAAUCUUUCCAUAACUUUCUUCCAACUCUACUCACUACAUAUUCAUCAAGAAUCAAAAUAAUGGGAGCUAUGAAAUUGGGUCGAGUGGAUGAUGAUGACAUUGCUGCUGCUGAUCCUGAUUGGAGUUUCGAUGCUCUCGUCUCCGAGCUCAAUGCCUUGGAGAAUAAUCUCUCCGCCAAUUCUUCCACCCCACCUUUGCAUUUUCAUCAAACAACUUCAUCAAGGGUUAACUUAUCCGGUAGGAAAGAAAUUGAGAAAGGUAGAAGGUUUGUGUUUCGUGCCCCUGAGUAUGAGACGGACAGUGAGGAUGACGACGACAAAGCGUUAGUAGUAUCGGACACUGGAAAACACUUCACUUGUGAUGAAAUUUAUCUGAGCGACAGUGAUGAUUCUGAUGUUGAAUCUGCUUUGGAAGUGCAACCUUACUUGAUGAAUAAAGUUGGGGAGGUAGAAGGUGCUUUGAUCGAGUUAACACACGAUCAUCAACUGAGGGUUAAUGAUGGAAUUAGAAAUAAGAUCUCAGCAUUGGAGAUAGCUCUACUGAAUGAAAGUCAGAACUCUAUUUCAUCCCUUCUUCGAGUUGAGAAAUUCAAAGACACAAGGCAGGAGUUGGAUAAAAAGUUUGAUACUCAAUAUCAGCGCCAAAUUGCAGAAGCACUUGAUAAUCAGUUGACAGCUGUUCAACAAGACCGUGAACUCAGAUCACAAAUAGAAGAAAGGAAAAUAAGAAGUGAUGCAGCGUAUGAAGAGGCCAAGAGAAAGGUUGCUUUGCAGGAGGAAAAACAACAGCAAGAAAAGGCUAAAGCUGAAGCAGAGGCCAAACUUAAAGCCGAGGAAGUAAAACAAGCUGCAUUGGAAGCUGAGAAAAAAGCAGUGAUGGAAGCCAAAACAAAGGCAGCAAUGGAAGCUGAAAAAAGAGCAGCAGCAGAAAAGAAUGCUGUAGAAAAUUCCAAAACUGUUACUUCUGGUGUGACACAAGAAACCGCAUCAAGCCUAUUAAAUACUGAAACCAAGGAAUCCAGUUAUGUAUAUCGAGCUGCGGCAAGUGCUUCAAAUAUAGAGCAUGGUAGGCUACAGAAACUGAAAGAGCUGUAUGAAAGAAACCAAGUCGUAAGAUCAAGUUCUACACAGGAUUAUACCCGCCACGAGAGUGAUAUUUCCCGGAAUAUAAGGCAAAUAAGGGGCAUAAGAGACAAUGUUAGAUCAAAAGCAAGUGAACUAGUUAAACUUCUGAAUGACCAUCAAUGCCCUCAAUCAUUCAGUGUUGAGAUGUUAGUUAAAAAGGUUGUUUUGUCCUGUGCAAGCCCUGCUAGUGCUCCCUUUGCAAUUGCCUCUGUCAUUGUUCUCAUUACAUCUCAGGUCCCAUAUGUAAUGGAUAUUUUGCUGGCUGAGCUUCACACUGCCUGCCUUUACACCGUCCCAAAGCACCUGGUUUACAAAAAGUCUAUCUUUCAAUCAAAAGAGGCCUACUUCAGAAGUAUUGGUUAUCGAGAAGACAAUGGAAAGUUGGAGAGUACAGAAGAUUAUUUAAAGCGGCUAGAAUCAUAUAUGAAGGUGUACGGUGCACUGGUUCAGACUGAAAUUCCGAACAUUCAAAAUUUGCAUGGCUUGCAAGAAGGUUGGGCGUGGCUUGCAAGGCUCUUGAAUUCUCUUCCAGCAAAUCAAUAUACAGCUGUUUCACUCAAUGCAUUUUUGCAAAUGGCUGGAUUUGCUCUAUUUAAAAGAUAUAAAUCCCAGUUCUUAAAGAUGUUGAACGUCAUCUCAGACAAGUUUUUAGUUGAUCUGAAAUCACAAAAUAUACCAGAAUCAGCGAAGACUACUGCGUAUAUGCAGGCUUAUAUAGAAGAUAAAAAGUUCCUUCAAGUGCCAGAAGGAAGGAACCUGCAGUCAAAUACGUUAUCAAGCGAGUAUGAGCCAUAAACCCAGUAAACAUUGUGGUGCUGAUUUUGUUGAAGAAACAGGCCCAAGAGAUCAUAUCAGGAUGGGAUGAUUUCAUCCAUUGAGGUGGUAGAUUUUCUCUUAGGAUUCAAUAUAGGAGCUCCUUAUUUUAGUUGGUGUGUUGUCACCUGAUCAUUGGGUUUGUAAUUUUGUAAAAUUUUGUUAUUUCCCAUUUUUUGUAUUUUACCCAUUUAUGUAUGAGUAAUGUAAACUAAUGUAAUGGAUAGAAUGAGGGUAUAAUUCAUUAUAAAAUUUUCAUUUCCCGCUUUGUCAUCCGUUGAA